AUGCCGAGUCUUCGCCUCCUGGCCGCGUCUCAAAGACAGGAGUCGUCUAGCAGGGAUGAUCAGGUCAGGCGUGCAAUGAUGGCCGACCUCGGUACUAUCCGCAUCGAAGAGCUGCCCCUUGACGACACCCAUAAAAGCCAUGUCGUCCCGCCGCGUGCCCGUCGUGCUCCUGUCAUCAUAGAGCACACUGAGGCUCUCAAAGAAUACUUGACAUUGGCGAAGACAGGUAUGAACGAUGCCGAAGCCAUGGCUGUCAGAGAUUUGGACGACCUAGGUGGUCCCAGCGUCUAUCGUCCAACGCUCGAUGCUGGUCCAGCCAGAAAUCUUCCAGAGAAUCGCCGUCUCAACCCGGCGAACUUCCGCGGUAUGCAGACCAGUCAGAAUGGCAUCGUUAUACCUCCUGGCGCCCAGAUUCGCCGAUUCCCUUCUGGCAGAGCUGCUGAUGAGCCUGGCCCGGCUACCACGAGAACCGACAUUGCGAACGAAGAAGCUCCGUCCGCAGCCAAUCAAGCUCCCACAGGUUCUAGAGCUACUAGAAUCGAGCCUUCUAACGCAGCCAAUUUGUCCUUGCCUCCACAUUUGAGAGCCAAGAGCACUCAGAACGCCUUAACCGCCACGCCUAGCAAUGUCAUUACAGCUCCCAAGUCGGCUUCGGGUACUCCCUCCGGAGCCCAGGAAAUGGAGAAGCAAGGACUCAAAGAUUCUACAAAGCAGUCUGGGACGCGGGAUCAGAACUCCUCCAAGAACGAGAUCAUGAUUUACUGGACUGGCCAGUGCAAGGCUUUGGCUCAAGGCAAGGAUCGUGAUGUUUCCAUCGACCUGAAGAUCAUCAAGUCUGCCGAGCACGCUAAUGGGCACCCAGUCUUUAUCAUGACUUGUCCUGGUGUCUUCACCGAAACCCACAGCAUGAACGAAUACAAUCUCGACUUUCACAAGAACCACCUGUGCAUCAUCGGUUUCGUCGCUUCUGAGUCGGGGGCAUUGACGCGAUACAGCCUCAAGUUUUACGACACUGAAACGGCGAUUGAGUUCACUCGUCGUGCGGCUCUGCUGCAGAAGGUUAUGGGAUACCUCAGCAAGGUGGCAGCUCCCCAGGACGAGAUGCAGAUGGGAAAUACCACUACCGUUGACUCUGCUGCCGUCAAUGCCACUCCCGUCGUCAAGGCCACUCCCGCCGUUCAGACGUCACCUCCUGUCGAGAGAAAUGAGGCUCCAAAGAACGCACGUCAGUCUGGCACGCCAGAUGAGGCGGUGUCUAUCAAGAAGAGUCACGACGAGGAGAUGAUGACGAAUGCAUUCGAGAAGCUGUCCCUGAGCAAUAUUAAGAAGGCCGACAUGUACAAGGCAGACCGUCCGCCUCGGGUCCAGUACAGCUCUGAACAGCUGUUCGAGAGACGCUAUGCUGCUGAAGUUCCUGACGGAAUCAAGGAUGUCAAGAUACCCCUUGCUGAGCCCCGCCGUCUACCGCCGCAUAUGCAACAGAACCAGCAGUCUCGAGCUCCCCAGCCAAGCCGCGACACCGCAAAGCUCGUCGAUUGGAUCUCGGGAACCAACAAGACACAGACGAGCACCGAUGGUAUCUCGAAGAUAUCCAUGCCUGGCUUGUCUGAAGCGAUCAGUUACCACAAGGCAGUCGCUACUACUGCACAGUCCUCAGCCGGAGCUCAAAUGCCAAACAAGGAUUCAACUGAGAGCAGACUCGAGAAGGAGAUCGACAGCAAGGCUGAGAAUAAGGCGGAAAGUGCAGUCGAGAUCGAAGCCACAGAAGUCUCCAAGAAUAAUAUCGACAUUGACAUCGAUACCAAGAUCCAGGCCGGAAGCAGCAACGAGAAGAUGUCCAUUGAUAACACUCACGUUCCUGGAAAGAAAGCCUUGGAGUCUAGUGUUAUCCCCAUGGAGUCCGUCAAUCCGGUAGUUGCGGAUGCACAUAUUCGGAAUGCUCUUGAGAAUGUUCUUUCAGAGGAGUCUCUGAUUCCUAUGGAGACGGCUGGUUCGGAUAAUGUAGGAGCGCUGUCCACCGCUUCGAACGACUCUGCUGUUGAGUUCGAGACUUCCGUCAAGCCCGAGCUCGAUGCCAACAUUGCCGACCGCGAGGACGAUAUCGUCCCAGAAAUGAUCGCCCAAUUCGCUCCCACGCCUGCGCCCGCGUCUUCUUCUUUCGAGACUCCUGCAAUCGCUCCCGCAGUUCAACCUGACCCUGGUUACGGACAAUCUGCCCAGACCGGCUAUGCAAUUCCCACUGGCAUUUCUCUGCCGCAGAUGAUGACACCACAGAUGAACUACACAACCCAGAUGCAACCUCAAAUGCAUCCUCACACCAUGAUCCCUGGCAUGUUUCCGGCGACAGGCGUCGUCCACGCAAUAACGGUCACGUACCACAUUAGCCAUCCAAACCCCAGCGAGGGAUUCAACAUGAAUGGCCAACCCCCCCAGUCUGGUGGAAUUUUCUCGCCUCGCGCGGAACCAUUCCAGCCCAGUAUUCAGGGCCAGAUCUCCCGCCAGCAAACUACCGACCAACCUCGCAUGCGUCGGGGACUAGGGGACUCAAUGUUCGCUACCGGUUACACAGCAGCUAAGUUCCCCGGUAGCUUCACAGGAGCUACGCCCGAGUGA